AUGAAGCAGAGCUGGGGACUAGGACUACUUAUACUGGAAGCACUGAUCCUUUCAAGGGGACUUCAUGCAGCUCAACAAGCCUGUGGGCAGCGUGGUCCUGGCCCUCCCAAGCCUCAAGAGGCUAAUGCCAGGCCAGGAGAGUGGCCAUGGCAGGCAAGUGUGAGACGACAGGGAGUUCACAUCUGCAGUGGUUCCCUGGUCUCGGACACCUGGGUCCUCACCGCUGCCCAUUGCUUUGAUAGGACUUCUGUGACAGAUCUGAGUCCCUGGUCAGUGGUGCUGGGCUCUCUGCAGCAAGACGGGAUUGGCUUAGGGGCAGAGGAAGUAGGCUUAGCCUCCCUCCACCUUCCUCCGACUUACAGCCACUAUACUAAGGGCUCUGACAUGGCCCUCCUCCAGCUGAACCACAGCUUGCACCGAUCUCCCAUCUGCCUGCCCCAGCCCAGCCACCGCUUCCCUUUCGGAGCCUCGUGCUGGGCCACUGGAUGGGGCCAGGGCACAGAGAGGGCUCCCGGGACCCUUCGCAACCUUCGUCUUCGUCUCAUCAGCCGCCCUACCUGUAACUGCCUUUAUAACCGGCUGCAUUUGCGGCAGCUCUCCAGUCCAGCGCGGCAUGGGAUGCUGUGUGCUGGGGCCCCCCCUGGGGCUCAGGGCCCCUGCCAGGGAGAUUCUGGGGGUCCAGUGCUAUGCCGGGAGCCAGAUGGGCACUGGGUUCAGGUUGGAAUCAUCAGCUUCUCCUCAAGCUGUGCCCAGGAGGACACCCCAGUGCUACUGACUGACCUUGCCGCCUAUACUCCUUGGCUGAGGACCCAGGCCUUGGGUGCAGUCUUUCUCUACCAGAGCCCCGAGAUCUUAGAGAGCAGUGAUGAGGACAGCUGCAUCUCCUGUGGUUCACUGAAGGGGAAGGGCCCCCAUCCUGGUGCUCCUUCCCCCUGGCCCUGGGAUGUUCGUCUGAGGCACCUUGGGCAGUUUGUAUGUGGUGGGGCCCUGGUAUCUGAAGAAGUGGUGCUGACAGCUGCCCAUUGCUUCAUUGGGCGCCAGACUUUGGAGGAAUGGACUGUAGGGUUGGGCAAGGGUGAGGUGGAACGAGGGCUUCGCCAACUCACCCUUCAUGGUGCUUACACCCACCCAGAGGGUGGUUAUGAUAUUGCUUUGCUAGUCUUGUCCCAGCCUGUCAUCUUGGGUCCCAGCCUCCGGCCCCUCUGUCUGCCAUAUGCCUCCCACCAUCUACCUGAAGGGGCACGGGGCUGGGCACAGGGUAGAGCUCAAAAGAGAACAGAUCUUGACCCCUCCCUAGCAGUUCCUGUGACUCUCCUUGGACCUGGGGCCUGCAGCAGACUUCAUGCUGCUCCUGGGGGUGAGGGUAUCCCUAUAAUUCCAGGGAUGCUCUGUGGAAGUGCUGUGGGGGAACCUCUCCAGUGUGAGGGCUUGUCAGGAUCACCACUGGUGCAUGAUGUGAUGGGCACAUGGUUCCUGGCAGGGCUGCACAGCUUCAGUGAUGCCUGUAGGGGCCCAGCCUGCCCUGGGGUCUUUACUGCACUCCCUGCUUACGAAGACUGGGUUAGCAGCAUUAAAUGGCAGGUCUAUUUUGCUGAACCACCUGAAUCUGAGAAAGAGAACUGCCCUGCUAACCCAAGUGCCAAAGGACUUAAGAUGUGA